GGGCGCUGUGGCGUGGAGGCUCCAAGACCAAAGCAAAAUCGAUAUUGAGAUGAGCGACACGGAAGAGGCCAAGGGCGUGACGUACGAGGAGCGCGUCAAGCACGUUAGCAUCAUCGCGAACCCGCUCGCCAACAAGAAGCUCACCAAGAAGGUGUACAAGCUCAUCAAGAAGUCGACCAAGGUCAAGUGCACCAAGCGUGGCGUCAAGGAGGUCGUCAAGGCCAUCCGCAAGGGCGAGAAGGGCAUGUGCAUCAUCGCCGGCGACAUCUCGCCCAUCGAUGUCAUCUCGCACAUCCCCGUGCUCUGCGAAAACAACGACAUCGCGUACGUCUUCACGCCGUCCAAGGUCGACCUCGGCGCGUCGGCGGCCUCAAAGCGCCCCACGAGCUGCAUCAUGGUCACGCCGGGCAAGCAGGGCUUCAACGUCCAGGAAAGCUACGACGAGAUCCUUGCCGAAGUCAAGAAGAUCCAGCCCACCUAUUAGUUUGUUCAAUAGCUACCUUCGUUGCCACCUCGACCGACUGCGGCAGCUUACUUAUUAAGUCACAGAAUUCCAUGUUAAAUAUCCCA